AUGAUCACAUGGAAUCGCUUCCGAUCGGGCGAACUGGAACCCGACUGGCGAAUUGAAGUCAACGAGUACAAUGUGCGUCACUUCGUCAAAGAUGAUGGUCCGAGUCAGUUCAAACGGAUGUACGAUGCACCCAUGUUGGAGGUAUCACACGAAAGGCAAUUUGCUGUCUCUCAACUUGGGACUCAAAGCGUGGGAUUCGAAGCCCAACAUACUCACCGCAUCAAAGACACUCUCCGGCAGAUAUCCCGCUACUUUGCGCGGUACAAAUUAGACGAGUCCUGCCAGCCCAGCUCGCCCUACGCGGAAUAUCUCCCCGACAUCCGCAUCUCUUCUCCGCUCCCUGAUCCAUUGCCGCCAUUGGACGUGUCGGACGUGUCUAGUCCGGACCGGCAUCCAGAUUCUCCUUUACCCAGCGUGGAAUCAGAAAACUCUUCCAGGUCUACUAUGGCGCUGCAAGAAAUGAUGAAUCCCGAACCACCUCGACCGUCCCUCGGUAAACGAAAGUGGUCCCCCUGCGCGAUCCUGCCUCUUUCUCCAGAAGAUCCAGGGUAUGAAGAAGAUCUUUCUCUGGACAACACCAACCUCGUCUACGCUCGAGCCAAUCACCCCGCUGGCGAGCAAUUCAGUCGUACUCGACGGGGGGUCCGCAUGCGACGAUCACGCUCUCUAGUGAGGACACAAUGGAUGCAGAAUACUCCGGAUACCGAAUGGUCGAGAAAGAGGCUCACCUCCAGUUGA